AUGGAAGAGCUGGUGGAUGAAGGGCUGGUGAAAGCUAUUGGUGUCUCCAACUUCAACCAUCUCCAAGUGGAGAAGAUCUUAAACAAACCUGGCUUAAAAUACCAGCCGGCGGUUAACCAGAUCGAGUACCACUCAUACCUCACUCAGGAGAAGUUAACCCAGCACUGCAACUCCAAAGGCAUUGUGGUGAGCACCCCUUGGCUCUCCCGACAGGCCCGGG